AUGGCUACCGUUAUCAUUCAGUCAGGCUAUUCCCAAGCCCAUUCACCUGAUCUUCGCCGAAAGACGGCCUCGACCCCAACGCUCUCUCCAUCCCCCAUCUCCGUCAACUCGAACCUUCCCCGCGUACGGAAUGGAGCUAGCUGUGACGCUUGUCUCCGCAGAAAGAGCAGAUGUGCAAUGAACGAAAUGGUCAAUAAAUGUUACUCAUGCGACUUUCACCGCCAGGAGUGUACUUUCAGCCUCACUCAAUCCGAACUGCCAUCCAAGAAGAGGAAAUUGGAUGAACCGGAACUUACAGAAUCAAUUAAGCGACCCUCCACAAUUCAACCGGCUCCUUCUGCUCCGGAGACCGAGUCUCACCCGCUAGCAGUGAACAUGAUUCGCCCCGGGUUCUUUAACCAGUCAACCCAGCAUAUUGGCAUGACCACCGAGCUGGAACCGACCUUACUGGAUUAUCUACCACUAGACCAAUAUGACGAAUGUACCGUUUCGAACUCCCGCAUACGGAGAUGUGCCGACGAUGGCACCUUCAUGCGCGUUGUCGAUACCGUACCCGUCGGUGACUCACAGGCCCUGUCACUCGAUGCCAUUGAGAGUCUAGUCGCUCCCUACGGCUCAACACUCAUCGAGAAGUUCUUCGACCAUGUACACCCUUCGUUCCCGAUUUUGAUAGAAGAAGCAUUCCGCCAAUCAUACCGUGAGCGUCGUAACCUCUCACCACUCCUACUCGCCGCAGUCUACGUCUUGACAUUGAAGUUCGUCGACGUCGGUGCCACCUCGCAAACUGCACGCAAACCCGAUGCCGCACGGCUGGAGGCUUCCGCCUUGAAGCUGCUGAUGGAGUCCUUGCAAUUCCCCAGUGUCUCGACUAUCCAAGCCGGGCUCCUGCUGACACAGAAAUCGACUCUAGCUACGGCAUCGUUAAAUGGUCAGCUGGUUACAGCCGCUUUCGAACUGGGCCUGCAUCAGGACUGCACGAACUGGCGCAUGGAGACCUGGGAGAAGGGUCUGCGGAAACGGCUCGCGUGGGCUUUGUAUAUGCAGGAUAAAUGGUCGUCGCUGGUGCACGGCCGCCCCUCACAUAUCUUCGCCUUCAAUUGGACAGUCAAGGAUCUCGUGGAGCAGGACUUCUCAGACGCCUUUGCCUCCGGCACUGACUCAUCACACGAUGAAACCGCCGUCGGCCACGGCCCUCUCCUCUUCUGCCACAUGGUCGCACUAACAACCAUCCUCUCCGACAUUCUCGACCGAUUCUACACACUGCACGCCAUUGAAGAGUUCUCCGCCGCCGGAAACCAGCGUACACGCAUGAUCUUAGAAAAGGCCAAACCAGCCCAAAUCCGGCUCAAGGACUGGUUCUCCUCGCUCCCACCAUCACUCAAGAUGGAAACCUCCACCGGCGAACUCGUCGAAACAAUCACAGACGAACACGCCCGCAACGGCGCCCUCCACCUCGCCUACUUCGCCACCGAAAUAACCCUCCACCGCUGCAUCGUCCGCUCCCUCCUCGCCGAAGGCACAGACCAGUACCUCGCGCACAUCUGCCGCUCCGCCGCCAAAACCCGCCUCAUCUCCGCAAUGGACUUCGUCAACCGUCUCCGCCCCGCUCAUCUCCGCUCUUUCUGGCCCGCCUCGGCCAGAACCAACUUCUCCCUCAUUGGCUCCUUCGGCAUGCUCCUGCGCAUUACUGCCCCGACAAACGAAGAAGCAGACUUCUACCGCGUCCGACUGUGUGAAUACCGCUGGACUCUAGGUGUCAGCCACAAGAACGCUGAAUUCAUGGGCUUCGCUCUACAAAGUCUCGAUAAUGCCACCGCGCUGCAUAAGCACGUCCCCGCGAAGCCCGGAAUCGCAGAGCUCAUGGCGUUGAAUAGCAAGAAUGCCCCACCGCGCAUGCCGUCUACGGCUACUGGUUCUUACGAUGAUGCUAUGAUGGAUGCGGCCGGCGCCGGGCCUUCGAGCUCGGUUAUGUCGGGGCUUGCAUCGCCAGCUACGUCUGUUAGUGAUAUGGAGGAUGGGGAAGCUUCCAUGGCGCCGCUGUGA